GACACUUCACAUGCUAACUGAACUAGUCAGGCACACACCACAAGCGUGUAGUUUACGCAAGUCUGUAAACCUCUAUCUACUUUGUGGGAAUCGUGGCAGCAAGAAAGGAAGACGGUGUCAAGAGUCCAUCAGACAAUGGAAUCAUGAUAUCAAUAGAACACUUUGAAGAGUGUCAUGAGGAUGGGAAUAUCACUGACUCUACUUUGAGCUGGACCCGUCAGACCAUGAACUAUGUGGGUCAGCUGGCGGGUCAGGUGUUUGUGCAGGUGAAGGAGCUGUACCGGGGCCUGAACCCCGCCACCCUGUCCGGGUGCAUCGACGUGAUCGUGGUGCGCCAGCCCGAUGGGACGCUGCAGUGCUCGCCCUUCCACGUGCGCUUCGGCAAGAUGGGAGUGCUGCGCUCCCGAGAGAAAGUGGUGAGAACAACCUGGCAACCUCGAUGUGUGGCUUAG